AUGCAUGCCGCCUCCGCGUCUGGUCCUGCCAGCUCGUUUGCACUGCCCCCGUUCAGGAACUCGCCAGACUCGACACACACGCAUCAAACAUUCGGCUCCCGCCUCGCCAGGCCCGCAGUGCCGCGGCGCAGAUUACCGUGGUCUACGAACCCCCGCCCCCCCAUCAGUUCGCGGCGUCGACGACACAAAGGCCCUCCGAGCCCCAAAAAUGCGCAAAUCGCGUCUUGCAAGCCUGACCCUCAGCUUGCUGCUCGUGUGCACCGCUUUUUGUCCUGCAUCUGUGCUGCCGCCUCGUUUCCCGUCAUGCUGGGUGGCACCACUGUUGUGCUUCAUUUUACGAUGCAGCGGUACUCCGAUUUGCAGGUGCAAUCUCUGCCCAAAUUGCAACUCCAACCCGGCACCUCGAAUCUGCCUGCCAAGCUGAGCCGGGCGGAGACGGUGCAUCCGCUCUUCCGACCACCAUCCUCCGCCAUCCCGUCCGCUGCUGCCGCCUCCUCGCCAACCCCUCCCACCAUCCCUCAGAGCUUGUGCCAGCUCGCAUCAUCCUCCUCAUCCUCUCCUCAUCCUCAUUCUCCCGCCUACCGCCGUUCACCGCCAACCUUCGCCAUCACCCCUGUCCGCCUCAUCACAAACAUCACCUUCUUCACUCCCUUCCGCCCUCCAUCGCCUCGAGUUUCAACCUGA